AUGUAUAAAGAUAGUGGAUUUGGAAUACAACCUCAUGAUUUCAAAAGUGCAGCUUUCGCUAUUCCGACAACAUGUGAUUUGUGUCAAAAUACUAUAUGGGGUAUAGCUAAGCAAGGGUUUACUUGUAAAGAUUGUGGAUAUAAUUGUCACGCCAAAUGUGAAAUGAAAGUACCACCCAACUGUACAAAAAAGAAAUAUAUUCGUCCCGCUCAUGGUUCUCGUGGCACUAUUUAUAAACCUUCUAAAUAUAAUUCUGUUAGUCGAUCAUCAUCAUCAGUUGCUUCUACUGGUAAAGUUGAUAAAGUUUCUAGAGUGGAAGUGGAAGUGGAUGAAAAUUUAGAAACAUGGACUGCAAAUGUAUUAUAUGAUCAUGUGGCUGAUAGUACUUCUGAAUUAAGUGUAUCUUCUGGUGAUAUCAUUACUGUUUUAGAACCUGAUGAUGGAUCCGGUUGGGUCAUGGCAUCAACUGAUGGAAAAUCAGGAUUAGUUCCUGCUGCUUAUAUUAAAUAUAUUUCUGAUGAUUUUCAAGCCUUAUAUGAUUAUGAUGCUCAAUCACGUGAAGAAAUUUCGAUAAAAGAAGGUGAUAUAAUAGAAGUUACAAAUCGUGAUAUUGGAAGUGGAUGGUGGGAAGGUAUCUUAAAUGGAAAAAGGGGACAAUUUCCUGCUAAUUAUGUCACUUCACUAAAAUAA